UGUCGUGAGACUUCCUAAACAUGUCGUCGGACCCUCGUGUUGUAACUCCGUGCAGUUACUUUCUUUUUAAAGUGCGCCCCGUGAUCGUAAACGUUGUUUAACGAGGGGAAUCCAGCCCACGUAUUUAUUGCAGCCGCUGAAAAAAAUCUCCUCAAUAUCCCCCAAGAUGGCCGCCGAUGUAGGAUCGAUGUUUCAAUAUUGGAAGAAAUUUGAUCUACGGCGGCUCCAGCGGCGGAGCGACCAUGGAGGAGCACUCUGCAGCCUGCUCACCGCUGGGAUCAGCACCGCGGACAGCACAGCCUUUACACACUAUUUGGCUUCUCCUAAGCAGAAUGGGCCAAAGCAAAACGUGGGAACUUUGAAUGCGCUGGUGAAUCUUGAUGUUUGGACGUCACACCGCCGCUGCCACGGCGAUAAUUCACACUGGCCAGAUGGCGUUUCCGUGGGCGACGGUGAAAAGGACGGGUCGGGGGCUGUGCAGCCAGGUCCCCCGGCCGAGCCCCGGCCCCGGGCCAGGAGGAGGGGGGAGCGCAGGUGGAAGGUUGUUGGUCAGGUAGAAGGUGGCUCCAGGAGCAGCCUCAUACCUAUGAAGGUUGUUGCUCUGAACAAGCGGAGCAAGGAGGCAGAGUCGGCAUUCCUGGGAAUCUACAAACAGCUCAUCGAAGCGCCAGACCCAGCCCCUGUGCUGGAGGCCACUCAGACCCUGGAGGACCGGCUGCAGCAGCUACAGAGCGGGGGCCCCGCCAGCGAGGCCCUGGUGCGGGUGACCGGCGGGCCCUGGAAGAACCACCUGGAGUGCCUUGACAGGACAGCAGAGCCCGUGAAGGAGGGGGCCGCGGGUUGGAGGCCGGCCCCGUCAAGGGAGCCCCCCGAUUCCAGCCAGAAAGCCUGCCUCAUGACCCCCAACAGCACCCAGCCCCCUGGAGGCCCCGGGUCCCCCCACCACACACGGCAGGAGCCCUCCGAUAGGGACGAGGAGGAGACCGGACAGGUGCGCCCGACAGACAGGUUAUCUGAGGCAGAGGAGAGUAUCAAAGUUCUGCACUCAUCUCUGAACAUGGCCCAGACAGAGCUAUUGGACCUGCGGUGUAAAUACAACAAGGAAAUGACUACCAAGGCAGAGGAGAUGAGCACCAUCAUGACCAACCUGGAGCAGGCCAACCAGAGAGCGGAACUGGCACAGAGGGAAGUGGUGAGGCUGAAGGAACAGCUGGCUGAGGCCCAGCACCAGAGAGCCAGCGCGGCCCCGGGGGGCUGCCAGCCAACAGAGGGUGCCAGCGGGCAGCACGAUGAGAAGAGCAAGGCGGCGCCCGCUCAGCUGGCCGCCGCCGUGGUGGCCAAGGACUGCGAGGUCCUGCGUCUGCUGGACAACAUCCAGCAGCUCCAGUUCACCCUGCAGGAGGUCCGCGAGGCGUCGGCCAAUCAGAUCCUGGAGCUGGAGCGCCAGCUGGCCUAUAAAACGAAGGCUAUCGAGAGAUUAGAAGCUCGACUGCAAUCCCAGUUGGACUACGAAGAGAUUAAGACGGAGCUCAGUAUCCUGAAGGUAAUGAAGCUUGCCUCUGCAAAUGGCUCCACAUCCCAGGAUUCUGCCAAGGCUGCAGAGGCUAUAUUGCUGGACAAAGAGGCCUUUCUUCCAGCUCAUAAGUACCUGAUGGAUAAGGGUCGGGUUCUGCACAGCACUGAUGACGACCAGUCGGAGGACUCGGGCAGGGAGGCGGGCCGCCGCCCCGGCUCCCGCUCCUCCUCCUGCUUCCAGCCCGACGGCCACGCCUCCCGGAGCCCGGGGCCCCCCACGCAGGACGGCUCCUGCUCCUCCUCGGCCUAUGACCUGGCCCGGCCCUUCUCGGCCUCGCCCUGCUCCGCCGACCGCCUGUCGGCCGACCACGUCCUGCACCGCCAGCUCCUCUCGCCCUACUUCAAGAAGGAGGGCGGCGGCGGCCUCAUGGCCUUCCCCUCCGCGCUCUACGCCGCCAAGGCUGCGCUCAUGUCCACCACCGGCAGCCAGGGGGGGACCCCCGGGGCGGGGGGGGCAGGGGGCGGGGCCGGGGGCGGGGCCGAGGCCGGGCUGCCCAGCGACCAAUCGGAGAGCGGCGGCUCCACGGCGGGCGACGAGGACCAGCUGGACACGGCGGAGAUCGCCUUCCAGGUGAAGGAGCAGCUGCUGAAGCACAACAUCGGGCAGCGGGUGUUCGGCCACUACGUGCUGGGCCUGUCCCAGGGCUCGGUCAGCGAGAUCCUGGCGCGGCCAAAGCCCUGGAGGAAGCUGACGGUGAAGGGCAAGGAGCCCUUCAUCAAGAUGAAGCAGUUCCUGUCGGACGAGCAGAACAUCCUGGCGCUCAGGACCAUCCAGGUCCGCCAGAGAGGGAGUAUCACUCCUCGCAUCCGAACUCCAGAAACUGGGUCAGACGACGCCAUCAAGAACAUCUUGGAGCAGGCCAAGAAGGAGAUCCAGUCCCAGAAGGGAGGCGACAACAAGUCCUCCAUGGGCAGCUCGUCGGGCCGCAGCAGCAACGGCGCCGGCGGCAACUCUGACGACACCAUCAAGACCAUCCUGGAGCAGGCGCGGCGGGAGAUGGAGGCCCAGCAGCAGGCCCUGCUGGAGAUGGAGGUCUGCGGCCGCGAGCCGGCCAAUGGCCCCGGCCCCGGCGCCCAGGCGGGGGAGCAGCGGCUGGGGCCCCCGGAGCGGUCAAAGGGCCUGCCGCUCCCCACCUUCAUCAAGCAGGAGGAGGGCGCGGCCACCUCGGUGGCGCUGUGCGUGGCCAACCAGAUCGGCAGCCCCCAGACGCCGCUCAGCGUGCUGUCCCCCGCCGCCUUCGUCCAGAACAUCAUCCGCAAGGUCAAGUCGGAGAUCGGUGACGCGGGGAGCUACUUCGACCAGCACUGGUCCCUGGAGCGCGGGCCCCUGGGGCUGAUGGGGGUGGGCGGCGCUGGCAGCUCCCACCCCUUCACCUCCGUCUCCCCGUCCCUGUCCUCCUCGUCCUCCUCCGGGCCCCCCACCCUGGCCCGGCCGUGGCCCCGCCUGGAGAACGGCGAGGGCCUGCUGCUCCACAGCGAGGAGGUGUCCGUGGCGGAGGAGGUGUCGGCGGCGGAGGAGGAGCCGGCGCCGGGGCCGCCCGUGGAGGUGAAAGUGGAGUCGGACGCCUCAGUGAGCGGGGAGUCCCCGGGCCCCGGGACGGCGGGCCCCAGCCCCGGGCGCCUCUCCUACUACCCGGCGUACAUCCCCCGCGCCCUGAAGCCCACGGUGCCGCCGCUGACCCCGGAGCAGUACGAGAUGUACAUGUACCGCGAGGUGGACACCAUGGAGCUCACCCGGCAGGUGAAGGAGAAGCUGGCCAAGAACGGCAUCUGCCAGAGGAUCUUUGGAGAGAAGGUCCUGGGUCUGUCUCAGGGCAGUGUGAGUGACAUGCUGUCCCGACCCAAGCCGUGGAGCAAGCUCACCCAGAAGGGCAGGGAGCCUUUCAUCCGCAUGCAGCUGUGGCUGCUGGACCAGCUGGGCCAGAGCCUCACCCAGCUGCCCAGCCAGGGCCACGCUCAGGACAAGAGCCCUGCCCUGGCCCAGUCCUCGCCCUCUCCCCCCGUCAGCCCGGCUGAGAGCCACCCCAGCCUGCUGGGGGAGCCCGUCAGCCUGACCCUGGAGAGCAGCAAGGAGAACCAGCAGCCCGACGCCAUGGGGCUGCCGCUGCUGGCCCCGUGCCUCCACCACGCCCAACCCCACCCCGAGGGAGGGAAGGCCACCCCCGGUCUGAUGGCGCUGCACCAGCCCUCCACGCCGCUCGGCAUCCAGGAGCUGGUGGCCAUGUCCUCCGAGCUGGACACCUACGCCAUCACCAAGAAGGUCAAGGAGGUGCUGACCGACAACAACCUGGGCCAGAGGCUGUUUGGGGAGAGCAUCCUGGGCCUGACGCAGGGCUCCGUGUCGGACCUCCUCUCCAGGCCCAAGCCCUGGCACAAGCUCAGCCUGAAGGGCCGCGAGCCCUUCGUCCGCAUGCAGCUGUGGCUCAACGACCCCCACAACGUGGACAAGCUGCGGGACAUGAAGAAGAUGGAGAAGAAAGCCUACCUGAAGAGGAGGUACGGGCUCCUGAGCACGGGGUCGGACAGCGACUCCCCCAGCACGCGGUCGGAGUGUGUGAGCCCGGCCCUGGCCUCACUGGACCUGUGCCCGUACAGCCAGGUGAAGAAGCCCCGGGUGGUGCUGGGGGCGGAGGAGAAGGAGGCCCUGCGGAAGGCCUACCUCCUGGAGCCCUACCCCUCGCAGAACACCAUCGAGAUGCUGGCCUCCCAGCUCAACCUCAAGACCAACACUGUUAUCAACUGGUUCCACAACUACAGGUCCAGGAUGCGCCGGGAGGUGCUGAUGGAGGGCCAGCCGGACAACGACGAGGACACGGAGCACCUCUCCCCCUCCGGCCCGUGCAGCCCCCGCUCCGACUCGGACGACCGACGGCUCCAGCCCCCAGGACACGCCCUCCACGCCGGACGGCCCCUCAUCAAGCAGGAGGCCUCGGAGAGGGAGGACUACGACCUGCGGCUGUCCAGGGUCCAGUGCUUCUCCAUGGCCGUGCAUUUCCCGCAGCUGAAGAGCGAGCACGAGGAUGCGGCGGCCGUGUUCCGCGACCACCACCACGGGAUGAGCAGCCAGGCCCGGGCCCCGUCCGCUACCGACGGGGCCGUGAGGUCCAGCAAGUCCCGGGGCCCCGAGGGGGAAGACCCAGGCAAGUCCCCCGUGGACCCGGUGAGCUUCAAGGCCUCGUCGGAGGCGUGCCGCAGCAGCCUGGAGGUGUUCCUCAAUUCGCCGUCGGCCGCGUCCUCGCCGGGCCUCAUGAUGUCGGUGUCGCCCAUCCCGUCGUCCUCCGCCCCCAUAUCGCCCUCACCGCCCGCACCUGACGGCGGCUCCUCCACCAAUCACAGCCUGGAGCCCGGGCAGCACGGCGCGCUGCUGCAAAGCCCCAAGGCCAACCGCAGCUCACAGAGACGCAACGAGAAGAUGGCCAACCUCAACAACAUCAUCCACCGGCUGGAGAGGGCGGCCAAUCGGGAAGAGACGUUAGAGUGGGAGUUCUGAGUGUGACUGAGAUCUGCUGAUGAUCUGCGCUGCGUGCACAUUCUGCCUCCAUUCUGUUCCGUCAGCGGGGAGCUCCA